AUGCCUAAUAAUCGUUCUACGGGUGAACAAUCUGUACGUUCUAAUACCUAUCGCCUUCAUGAAUUUGAUCCAACAUCUUAUGAUUGGGAAAUUUUAUUCGACACUUUCAUCGAUGUAGAAGGUAUCACCGAUGACAACAAGAAACGAAAUAUUCUUAUUACAGCAUUGGCUGUGCAACCUUUUAAAACACUUAUAUCUGUUUGCAAGCCAAAGAAAUCGAAUGAAUGCUCAUAUCAAGAAAUAAUACAAAAACUUCAAAUUAACUAUGCACGUGUCACAUUUUCGUCAACAGAACUGUUAUGA